UCAGUUCGCCAUUCACACAGCCGAGAGAGUGAGGCAGUCGCACGACCUACGUAGCCUUCGCGUAGCCUGCGCCUUCCCUUCCAUUAAUUUUGCUUUGCCUGCUCCGGCACGGCCCUUAGAUAGCUCCUUCGUCCAGACGAGACGACUGGUACGGUGCUUGUGCGUGUGUCUCGUUGAUCGAUCGAGGUGGUCGUUUGCUCGGCACCUAAGAAGAGGUUGAGCGGCGGGUCAUGGCGGGGCCGGCGGGAGGGCGGGAACUGCCGGACACGCCGACGUGGGCGGUGGCGCUCGUCUGCGCCGUUAUGAUACUCGUCUCCGUCGCCAUGGAGCACGCCCUCCACAACCUCGGCCACUGGUUCCACAAGCGGCACAAGAAGGCCAUGGCGGAGGCGCUGGAGAAGAUGAAGGCGGAGCUCAUGCUGGUGGGCUUCAUAUCCCUGCUCCUCACCGUGGCGCAGGACCCCAUCUCCAAGAUAUGCAUCUCCGUGGAGGCCGGCAGCAGGAUGCUCCCGUGCAAGCUGCCCUCUGCUUACGCCGGCGACGGCCAGGAGAACCGCCGAAGGCUCCUCUGGCUCCAGGGCGAGACCCACCGCCGGUUCCUGGCCGCCCCGGCCGGAGAGGACGUCUGCGCCAAACAGGGCAAGGUGGCGCUGAUGUCGGCGGGGAGCAUGCACCAGCUGCACAUAUUCAUCUUCGUGCUCGCCGUCUUCCACGUCCUGUACAGCGUCGCCACCAUGGCUCUCAGCCGUCUCAAAAUGAAGCAAUGGAAGAAGUGGGAGUCGGAGACUGCAUCGCUGGAGUAUCAGUUCGCCAACGAUCCAUCGCGGUGCCGGUUCACGCACCAGACGACGUUCGUGAGGCGGCACCUGGGCCUGUCCAGCACCCCCGGCGUCAGAUGGGUGGUGGCCUUCUUCAGGCAGUUCUUCACGUCGGUGACCAAGGUGGACUACCUGACGCUGCGCCAGGGCUUCAUCAACGCGCAUCUCUCGCAGAAGAGCAGGUUCGACUUCCACAGGUACAUCAAGAGGUCGCUGGAGGACGACUUCAAGGUCGUCGUCGGCAUCAGCCUCAAGCUCUGGUUCGUGGCGGUGCUCAUCCUCUUCCUUGAUUUCCACGGGAUCGGCACUCUUAUCUGGAUGUCUGUGGUUCCUCUCGUGAUCCUCUUGUGGGUCGGGACCAAGCUCGAGAUGGUGAUCAUGGAGAUGGCCCGGGAGAUCCAGGACCGGGAGAGCGUCGUCAAGGGGGCUCCCGCCGUCGAGCCCAGCAACAAGUACUUCUGGUUCAACCGCCCCGACUGGGUCCUCUUCCUCAUACACCUCACACUCUUCCAGAACGCGUUUCAGAUGGCACAUUUCGUGUGGACAGUGGCCACGCCCGGCUUGAAGAGAUGCUACCAUCAGAAAAUGGGAGUGAGCAUCGCCAAGGUGGUGCUGGGGGUGGCCGCCCAGAUCAUGUGCAGCUACAUCACCUUCCCCCUCUACGCGCUCGUCACACAGAUGGGCUCACACAUGAAGAGAAGCGUCUUCAACGAGCAGACGGCCAAGGCGCUGACCAACUGGCGAAAGGUGGCGAAGGAGAAGAAGAAAGCCCGAGACGCGGGCUUGCUGAUGGCGCAGAUGGGCGUCGGCUCGUCGCCGGUGCACCUGCUCCACAAUGCCGGGGCGCGGUCCGACGAUCCCCAGAGCGUGCCGGCGUCGCCGAGGGCCGAGAAGGAGGGCGGGGGUGUGUGGUGUCCGGCUGCGGCGCGUCCGGCGCGCAGGGUGCCUCCUUGUGACGGGUGGAGGUCGGCCUCGUCGCCGGCCCUCGACGCUCACAUGACCGGUGCAGAUUUGUGCUUCAGCACGCAACGUUGAUCGAUCAGACAAAUUCAUUCAUUAUUUUUUUUGGUGAAUACUCUUGGAAGCGUAUCAUUUCAUUGAUAGAGAGUCGAAAUUUAGUCGAAAUUACAGAGGUGACUGUAUAUGUACACAAGGGCGCCGAUGCCGGUGAGCAGUAGAAAAAGGUUGCUCUCCAAGUCUCCAUUGAUCCUGUCAAGUGUAUGUGACAAAUUGUUUCAAAAAAAAAAGUGUAUGUCACAACUAGGAGCUGAAUUUGUGAUGAAACGUGCAAUAAGAAUUGCAAGUUUCACCGAGUCAAAAAUGAAACUUUUAGCGGUGUGUUUGGUAGCCCGCAUUACCUUCAACCACGCCUAGUUGGGCCAAGAAAA